AUGGUGGACGACAUGGACCAGCAACAAACUACCAAUACUGUGGAAGAACUCUUGGAUCUUAUUAGAUUCAGCCUAGAUGAGAGAAUUUAUGUGAAAAUGAGAAACGACAGAGAGCUUCGAGGCAGACUGCAUGCAUAUGAUCAACUUUUAAAUAUGAUUUUUGGAGAUGUGGAAGAAACUGUGACCACUAUAGAAACUGAUGAAGAAACAUAUGAAGAGAUCUAUAAAUCAACGAAACGGAAUAUUCUGAUGCUUUUUGUCCGGGGAGAUGGUGUGGUUCUCGUGGCUCCUCCAUUGAGAGCUGGCUAA